AACCACAUCAGCCAGAAUCAAGUAUUCCCUCGGGUUUGGACCAUAGACUGUAUAUGGUUUGGACAUUGUAGCUGCCUGUGUGAAGCUAGACAAUCAAAUCUAGGUAUAUUAGAUUACUCAGCAGUUGAUACUCCUCAGUUUGGCUCUGCACAGGUAGUGUAAACCAGUUGGUGCGAACUACAUGAGCAAAUAGACCACUAAAUCAAACAAUAAGCUUAAAGAGGCUGAAAGCAUCAUUGUGCUGGAGAUGUUGUGGUUUCAGCAGUACUAACAACCCGUUAACAUUACGAGUCAGCAGCUAUAUAAAUAUUUUUGAUGGUUAAUGAGAAAAAUUGCUGUUUUUAGACAGUUACAUUCAUUUUGCUUCAUCAGUGAGGAUGUGGCCUUCUAGCCUGUGUUCCUUUACAAUCCAUUCCGAGACAUGUCCACUGCGAUUUAGUGAAAAUCCGACAAUUGUGAGGGAUUCCUGCCAAAUCCCACAGCAUCUCAACAGGUGUAACCCUUAGCAGUGUGUUUAUAAGUGGCUAAGGGAUUUCAGAGAUGUUAGAUCCAAAAUGCAGACUGCUAGAUCAGAAAACUGAUGGUAUUUGUUGAACAUGUUUUCCAUUAUUAUUAUUGUCAUAUUAUAAUUAUUGGUUUUGUUGUCGUUGACUCCCUUUUACAUAUAAUUUCUUGUAAAUGAGAAAGGCAGCUCAGAGACAAAUGCUCUUAUGUGUUGGGUGGUGCUGCGUCAAGGCAGACAGAUUUAGUGACAUAUUUUUCUUUAGGUAACCAAAAUAAAAGGAUAAACUAUUUUACUGUUCCACCUAGUCCACCUAAUGCUUCGUAAACUAGAUAUAUAUAUGAGCAUUGUUGGUAUUUUCAUUUCCAAAUAAGUUUGAUAAAAUUCAACCUUUACUUUCAUUUGACUUUUUCAUCACUUUCAUGUGGUUUUUUAAUUUAGCUAUGGUAUUUUUUCGUAGGUACAGUAUAACCGGAAAUCAUAAUUAUAACUCUUGCUAGCUUGACAGUGGUAUCGGGUGAGGGGUGAUAAAUUGAGAGAGACUCCCCACAUUUGCAUACACUAUUUCCCCACUGCAUAGCUGAAAGACAAUAUGACCCUGCACCGUUCACCCUCAGCUCAUUAAUUCACCGUCCGCUCCGGGCCGAGGAAUUCAUUUCUUUAGUGGGGUUCGGUGGACCGCCACUUUCUCUACAGUUUUCACUAUCUUCCCUCUCCGUCCAGCCGGCUGCUGCUAUCUCUCCACAGCAACGGGAGAGAUCCAGCCGAGCUGAACUCCGCUGAGCCAUGCGACAGUGGUGUGUCCCCGCUGCGACCCCUCGCACUGAACCACUCCCGGGGCGCCUGUCUGUGUCGCCCCCUCCAUCAGAUGCCAGAAUGGAGUGCUGUGAGGUGGAGCCACGCUACACCAUCGAACAGAUCGACCUCCUGCAGCGCCUGCGUCUAUCCGGCAUGACCAAACCUCAGAUCCUUCAUGCUUUGGAGUCCCUGGAGAGGCUCGACCCUGACCACCGCCCGUCGCACUGUGACUCUCACCCCGCCCCGUCCAACACCACACCCGCCACGGCCGCUCCAGCCCCGUCCUCAUCUUCAUCCUCCUCUUCCUCCUCGCUCUCCCUAGCCUCUGCUACCACGCAGACCUCCGGCCUGGACGGCGCCGCUCUGUCCCCCAGCAAUAGCUACGAGGCCUCGCCCCCGCCCCUCUACCCUCCCAUUGUGGCAGUUCAGCGGUCAUUCAGCUACGACAUGAUGGGAGAGGAAGAGUGGGACCUGGAGGAGAAGGUGGAGGAGUACAUGAGGAGAGACAGCAACCUGGUGAAAGAAGAGAUCAAAACUUUCCUCAACAAUCGCAGGAUCUCUCAGGCAAUCGUAGGCCAAGUUACAGGCAUCAGCCAGAGUUACAUCUCCCAGUGGUUGCUGCAGCAAGGCCUGGAGAUGAGCGACUCCAAACGCAGAGCUUUCUACCGCUGGUACCUGCUGGAGAGAAAUAACCCAGGGCUGAGGUGGAGUGAAAGCCAGCACAGCGUGAGUCCCAUGCCCAGGGCCAGGGGAGGGGACAAAGAUGGGACGGUAGCAGGGGCAAGUGGCAGCCUCCCCAACAUCCUCCCCAACCCCAACACCAACCUCAACCCCAACCCAGUGUGGAGCAGGCAGAGAGAGCUGCUGAUGCACUUGCUGCCGUGGUACACUGCUGCUGCUGCAGCCGCCCAGGCCCAGCCAGGGGCCACCUUAUCAAUGCGGUCUUUGGUGAAGGAGGAACCUGACUGGAGGACAGGGAUCAUGGCUGGUGACAGAGCAGGGAUGGUGGGCGGGCCUCUGAGGCUGCGUAGAGGAAGCAGGUUCACCUGGAGGAAGGAGUGCCAAUCAAUCAUGGAGAGUUUCUUCAUGGAGAACCAGUACCCAGAUGAAGCGAAGCGAGAGGAGAUUGCCAACGCCUGUAACUCUGUCAUUCAGAAACCAGGUUGUAAGCUAUCUGAGUUUGAGCGUGUGACGGCAUUGAAGGUGUACAACUGGUUUGCCAACCGUCGGAAGGAGAUGAAGAGAAGAGCGAAUAUCGAAGCUGCCAUUUUGGAAAGCCAUGGAAUUGAGGUGCCAAGUCCAAGCUGCCACUCAAAUGGUGAGGAGGGAGAGAUGCAAGAGUUUGCCGAUCAGGUGAAUCAUCGAUUCUUAGAGCAAGAAGAGACAUCCCUCAGGAUUGUUGACCAACAAGACCCCUCCACAUUGGCCACUACAGAGGUUGCAGCCCUGCCGAGCCCCACCCCUCAGGUCCUGGAUCAGAAAGAGGAGGAUUCAAAAAGGGAGACUGUGGAUGAAGAGUGACCAAAGCUGGUGGAGUUUGGAUCAUCGUAUUUGAAUUUUAAUCAGAUGAAAUAGGAAAAGAAUAAGUGUCUCCUCCUCCACCCAUGUAGGGCCUUUGGGGCCUAUGGCACCCAAAAAUCAAGGGAGAAGGGUGCUGAAGCUCGCUGAGGUGCCUCUGAUGGUAAGGAGGCCACUGUAUUUAUCAACAGUAAUCCUGCUUAUAUUAAUGGCAAUAUACAGUAUAUAUAAAUAUAUCAAUAUAUAGUGCAUUCCAAGAUGGUAUUAAAAAGCCUAAAUUCCUUAGAGGGAGUCUUAUGUAAAGGAUACCUCGCCCAUUUUAAGCUAAGCCUUUUCUUUUUUCUUUGCUUCAUGCCUUCUUUUAGCCUUUUCAGAGUGGUUGUUUGAUGGACUGGUGACAGGAACGUGCUGAGCCUGCAGGUCAGGUGUGUUUGGGUGUGGGGAUAAAGUAUGGUAUCAAGGAUCUAGUGGUGAUACGAAUGCCCUCUGCUGGCUUGAAUGUCUUUGACUCCAUCUGGUUCGUAAGACUCUAACCUCAAUCAGUCGAUUGAUUGAUUAAAUCAGUCGAUCAGUCAACGAGUGCUGUUGCUAUCAAAUCCGUAAAGCCCUGAGGGACAACUGGAAUCUCAGGUAAUCCCAAAAAUGGUGGAUAAAGACAGUUAAGAGUUGUCUUAAUAUAUGCUUUGUUUUCUUCAUCUUGAUUUUCUUCAUCUUUAACUGUGUUUAACCAAAACAGGAUGUGUUAUUUAUACCUUUUUAUAUUAGCAAAACAAGCCUAGGACAAUAUAUCAUAGUAUCUCUUUGUCAUCUGUCUUCUUUGUUAUACUGAAUGCUGCUGUUUGAUCAUUUUUGUAGUCUACCCUCAUUUCAGAGUCUGUCUCAAUCCUCAACUCAGCCAGUGAAGCUAGACUAGUUACAUAAGUCUACUCAGAUUUUUUUUUUUUAAUCUUUAACGUUUGAAAGAACGCUAAAAACCAAUGUGAUCAAAAAUCAUAAUGCGUCAGCCUACAUGCUACAAGCACCUUCUCUCCUAUUGGAAUAAGCUAAAGCUUAAGCUCAUGUAAGUUUGUAUGACUGCGAAGCUGCACUUCAAAGUGGAUCUCACUAUAAAUGAAGGAGGGGAGCGUUACAGACUGUACCUGCAUUUGGGCCUGGACAUGUACAUAACCCAGAGAAUAUACACGUCUAUGGGUGCUUUCCUUCAAAUUACAUUAGCACUAUAUAGAAACUGUUUAUUGUCAAACUUGAAAUAUGAAUAGCUGACUUAAACUCUGCAUUACUUACCCCCUUUAUUUACUGGCCCAAGGCCUUGGGGGUUACUCCCUAAAUGUUCAUGAAAUGGACAAAGUCGCUUGUUCUCAAAUGGCCCCCAACAGGGUGCUACCAUGUUACCUCCUAAUGCCAAAGCUAUGCCAAGGUAGAGAUGAGCUACAGAGUAAACUGCUUACAGGAACAGGAUAUGACACUGUCACGACACUAUAGAUAUACAGUACAUAGAUGUUUAUUUGCUCAGUACAACACUAGCCAACUCUAGCUUACCUCAGAAUAACUGUCAUGAAUGUGUUACAGGCUAACUGGCAUAAAACUGACAGCAGCCAUUAUUGUGACUGUUUAUGAUAUGGACAGUGUUAUGUAGCAUUUAUGACUGUGGGGUUUGCCCUGUAUUGUUAAUGUAUACUCACCUCAGACAGUUCUCUCGUCCGGCUUUGGACAAGAACUCCAAAGCUGCACGCUGUUUCUGAUCAUCAUGCUCCUCUAUCUGCUUUUAUCUGACAACGAGAAACAAUAACAAUAAUAAAAUUGUAAACAAUG